CUACCUGGACCUCUCCUGCCCAGCGUAACAACUAUGGCGACCUUUGAUGAUAUCCUGGAAGAAGCCGGAACCUUUGGCCGUUGCCAGAAGCGUAUCUUCGCGCUGAUGUGUUUAGUGUCACUUCCCUUCACCGGCGUCUACGUGGGCAUUGUGUUCCAGGGUUUCACCCCGGAGCACUGGUGCCGUGACCCGGGGGUGAGCGACCUCCGGAGGGGCUGUGGAUGGAGCCUGGAGGACACGCGCAGGCUGACGGUGCCUCUGGUGAACUCCUCUGCUGGGAGGAUGGUCCACAGCCAGUGUGAGAGGUACGACCUGGACUGGAACUCUACAGGCCUCAGCUGUCUGGACCCAGAGAUAGACCUCAGGACAACUCCCAUGACCACCUGCAGGGACGGCUGGGAAUACGACUAUGAGGGUCGAAAUUCAUUUGUCACUGAGUUUGAUCUGGUAUGUGGGGACGCUUGGGUGGUGGACAUGUUCCAGGCCACACUCAACAUUGGCUUUCUUUUUGGCUCCAUUGCGAUUGGCUACCUGGCCGACAGGUUUGGCAGAAAGAUGAGCUUCCUGAUGUCUAAUGUUUUGAACGCAGUAGCUGGCAUUCUGGUGGCAGUGUCUCCUAACUACAUUUCCAUGCUGGUCUUCAGAGCCAUCUUUGGUUUUGGACUGAAGGGAGGCUGGAUGUCCGGUUAUGUCCUCAUGACAGAGAUAGUGGGUGUGGAGUACAGGAGGACGGUGGGGGUGAUCUACCAAAUGUUCUUCAGCGUUGGAAUCCUCAUCCUCCCCCUUCUAGCCUACUACAUCACAGACUGGCGCUGGCUACAGGUGGUCUUCACUGUGCCCUUCAUCUUCUUCCUGACAUACUACUGGUUUCUCCCAGAGUCUCCCAGAUGGCUCCUCUCUCAGGGCAAGUCCAGUAAAGCUGUGGAGAUCACCAAAGCCAUAGCCAAGGAGAACAACAAGACGCUCUCCAAGAACAUAGAGACUAUGAGAGAUGACAACGCAGACCUCUCCACCGCCUCCUUCAUAGACUUGAUCAAAACGCCCAACAUGAGGAAACACACCUUCAUCCUCAUGUUUAACUGGUUCACCAGUGCUGUGGUCUACCAGGGGCUUAUCAUGCGUGUGGGGAUCACUGGAGGAAAUGUGUACAUCGACUUCCUGAUCUCAGGCCUGGUAGAGUUCCCCGCUGCCUUCCUCAUUCUCUUUACCAUCGAUCGCAUCGGACGCCGUCUCCCCUUCGCCACCGCUAACAUAGUGGCUGGAGCCUCCUGUAUCAUCACCGCCUUCAUACCUGACAGUAUGUUCUGGUUCAAAACAGCCGUGGCCUGUAUCGGCAGGCUAGGCAUCACCAUGGCUUUUGAGAUGGUGGUGUUUGUCAACACCGAGCUUUACCCCACCUUCAUAAGGAACCUGGGGGUGUCCGUGUGCUCGACUCUGUGUGACGUCGGAGGCAUCGUGGCUCCCUUCCUGCUCUACAGGCUGGCUGUCAUCUGGCUGGAGCUGCCCCUUAUCAUCUUUGGAGCCAUAGCGUUUGUAGCAGGAGGGCUGGUCCUGCUGCUUCCUGAGACCAGGGGAAUUCCUCUUCCUGAAACCAUCGAUGACAUCGAGUUCCCCAACAGAAACAAAGAGAACUCACCGAACGUCCAACAGAUGACCAAUCUCUUGCCCUCUGACGUGACAGCCAACAAAGAUACAAUGACAGUAUGAAGAGAAAGAGAGCUACUGAGUACUCAUCAGGAUGUGUUCCAGUCCAGAAUUGGCUGAUGUGUCCGUCUG